AUGUCGGAAGCAGAACGCCUCAAAGCAACCGUCUAUGUGGGCGGGCUCGACCAAGCGGUUACCGCUCACACGCUGACCGAGGCCUUCCUCCCCUUCGGCGAGAUCGUCGAUAUCUCUCUCCCCAAGCCUGAUCUGCCCUCAUCGACCGAUCUGCACAGGGGCUUUGGCUAUGUCGAAUUCGAAUUUCCCCCGGAUGCCAAGGAAGCGAUCGAUAACAUGGACGGAAGCGAACUGUACGGCCGGACGAUCAAGGUAGCGGCUGCCAAACCGCAGAAGGAUAGCAACGAAGGACUGGGUAGCAAGACUGCAAUUUGGGAACAGGAGGGCUACCUGGCCAAACAUGCCGUGAGUGAAGAGGAUCGAUUGGCCGCUGAAGAAGCCCGGAUGGGCGCCAACGGCCGUCCUGAAGAUCCCAUGCAGGGUCUGGAAGGACUCGACGUGGCAGGACCAAAACCUGAAUGA